AUGUCUGCAAGUGGAAAGUCGGCUUUCGUAGUCGGUGGUACUGGUGCUGUGGGCAGGAAGCUUGUUGAAGCCCUGGUUGCAACUCCAGAAUACACCAAAAUCAUAUUGCUUGGUCGACGAGUAGCCGAAGAAGUACCUGAAAGCAAUAAAAUUGAACAACAUGUUGUUGAUUUUGAGAAAAUGGAAGAACAUCAAUCUAAAAUUGAUAAUGUUGAUGUUGGCUUUUGUGCUUUGGGAACAACUCGUAGCAAGUCAGGAGCUGACGGCUUCUACAAGGUUGAUCAUGAUUAUAUCAUGAACUCUGCUAACUUGGCCAAGUCGGCCGGAGUCAAAGACUUUGUGUUGGUCUCUUCAGGAGGUGCAGACGCCAAUUCUUCAUUCUUGUACAUGAAAACGAAAGGCCAAGUGGAAGAUGAAACAAAAGCGUUAAACUUCCGUAAACUUUUGAUUACCCGCCCAGGGCUGUUGCUGGGAGAGAGAAAAGAAAGUCGCUUUUUUGAAAGUUUGGCAAAGAUUGUACUGACACCAAUGCAGUACAUAUCCGAUCGAUUUGCUAUCUCAACGGAAAAUGUAGCUAAAGCAAUGGUUGCUGGCUCAUUGGAUGAAAGCCUGAACGGCACCAUCAUCUGGGAUAAUCGUGACCUACUGAAGAAAGCAAAGGAAUAUAAACCUCAGGAAUGA